AUGGCCGUCUACAACUCAUCCCUUGAAUCCAGCGAAAAGGGUCUGGAAGCCUACGACCUGCGGGAUGCAGAAGCCUUCGACUCUGUUGAGGCCAUGUGCAAGUCUGACACAGUCUCGCUCGUGGUCUACGCAGUAGCCGUCUUUUCACACUACGACCUCAUCAGGUCCGCAAUUGAGGCCGAAAAGACGUCUAUGCUGAGUGGCCACUUUAAAAAAGGAAUUGGCACAGUUAUCGGCCUCCAGGCUGGCGUUUCCCCAGCUUACGUUGCUUUGGCCAUGAUUCUAGAGAGUGGACGCAUCGGGCGGCCUUUGGCCACCCACAUUUCUGGCAGCGCCUGCACGGAGGAAACAGGCAAGGAUAUUGUUAAGCGAUAUAAGUGCUUCAAGGACCCCAGUCAUUCAGCUCUUGGGAGAGCCGACGACCUUGCGAACCCAGAUGCGGACGACGUGGCCAAGAUCAUCGUUAUGGACCAAGACCAAGUUAUUGAGUCGGACGUCACCAAGACUGUAGACGACUACGUCUCGCUUCAAGGAUGGACGGAAUCAGGAGUAGCCUUUACUUACUGCUUCCGGGGUGAGGGCGCGUUUGACAAGGGAGAAGGAUUAGUUUAG